CCCCCCUUUUGGCGAACCUUCGAGAGUUUCAUAGCGGAAAGAUAGCAAGUUUCGAGGAGCGAACGAGGUCAUGGCGACUGCCAAGCUAGAUCGCGUGCCGAGCAUGAAGGAGCGAGUCGAGGACAGUGUCAGGGCUCACUGCAACGAUCUGUUCUCGCUUCUCUCCAGGUAUGUGAAACAGGGAAAAGGGAUAUUGCAGCCGCAUCACUUGCUGGAUGAGCUUGACAGCAUCAUGGAUGAUGAGCAAUCGAGACAAAGUCUUAGCACUUGCCCCUUCAACGAGGACCUAAAAUCGGCACAGGAAGCCAUAGUUUUACCUCCAUUCGUAGCAAUAGCAGUCCAUCCAAGACCUGGUGUUUGGGAAUAUGUCCGUAUCAACGUGAAUGAGCUUAGUGUGGAUCAAUUGACUGUAUCUGAAUAUCUUCGAUUCAAAGAAGAGCUUGUGGAUGGGCUGUCAAAUACCCCUUUUGUGCUUGAGCUUGACUUUGAGCCAUUCAAUGCAACCUUUCCUCGAUCAAAUCGAUCGUCAUAUAUUGGCAAUGGCGUGCAAUUUCUCAACCGCCACCUUUCUUCAAUCAUGUUCCGUAAUAAGGAUUGCUUGGAGCCAUUACUUGAUUUUCUUCGUAUGCACAAACAUAAAGGUCAUACGUUGAUGUUAAAUGACCGAAUACAAAAUAUUUCGAGACUUGAGUCUGCUUUGGCUAAGGCAGAGGAUUAUCUUUCUAGGCUUCCAUCUGACACACCCUACUCAGAGUUCGAAUAUGAGUUACAAGGUAUGGGGUUUGAGAGAGGCUGGGGCGAUAGUGCAACUAAGGCAUUAGAGAUGAUGCGUCUUCUGUUGGAUAUCCUACAGGCUCCCGAUCCCUCCACUCUAGAGGCAUUCCUUGGCAGAAUACCGAUGGUAUUUAAUGUCGUCAUAUUGUCCCCCCACGGAUAUUUUGGGCAAGCUAAUGUGUUGGGGUUACCGGAUACUGGAGGACAGAUUGUCUACAUUCUCGAUCAGGUUCGGGCACUGGAGAAUGAAAUGCUCCUCAGAAUACAUAAGCAAGGACUGGAUGUGACCCCUAGACUUCUCAUUGUUACUAGGUUGAUACCUGAUGCAAAAGGAACUACAUGCAACCAACGGCUGGAAAGAGUCAGUGGAACACAUCACACAUAUAUUCUGCGAGUUCCCUUCAGAUCUGAGAAAGGAAUUCUUCAUGAAUGGAUUUCAAGAUUUGACGUGUGGCCUUUUUUGGAAACUUUUGCUGAGGAUGCGGCAGGUGAAAUUGCCGUAGAGUUGCAAGGCUAUCCAGAUUUUAUUAUUGGGAACUACAGUGAUGGUAAUCUUGUCGCAUCAUUAUUGGCUCAUAAGAUGGGAGUUACACAGUGCACCAUUGCACAUGCCCUGGAGAAGACGAAGUACCCAGAUUCUGACAUAUACUGGAAGGAUUUUGAGGAUAAGUACCACUUCUCCUGUCAAUUCACUGCUGAUCUAAUUGCGAUGAAUCAUGCCGACUUUAUCAUCACCAGCACAUAUCAAGAAAUAGCGGGAGCGAAGAAUACUGUCGGGCAGUAUGAGAGCUACACAGCCUUUACGCUUCCAGGGUUGUAUAGGGUCGUUCAUGGAAUUGAUGUUUUUGAUCCGAAGUUCAAUAUAGUCUCUCCUGGGGCAGAUAUGAGCAUUUAUUUUCCGUACUUCAAAAAACAUGGGCGACUUACAGCUUUACAUGAAUCGAUAGAGAAAUUGCUCUUUCAUACUGGGCAAAAUGAAAAGCACAUUGGCAGAUUGAGAGAUAAAUCCAAGCCUAUUAUCUUUUCCAUGGCAAGGUUGGACCGAGUUAAAAACAUCACUGGGUUGGUGGAGUGCUAUGGUAAGAAUUCUGAACUGAGGGAAUUGGCUAAUCUUGUUGUCAUAGCUGGUAACAAUGAUGUGAAGAAAUCCAAAGAUAGGGAAGAAGCGGAAGAAAUUGAGAAGAUGCAUGACUUGAUUAAGACGUACAACUUAGAUGGGCAGUUUCGAUGGAUGUCUAUGCAAACAAAUCGCGCUUGCAAUGGUGAGCUAUAUCGAUGCAUAGCAGACACAAAAGGUGUUUUUGUUCAGCCAGCUCUGUAUGAAGCCUUUGGACUCACCGUUGUAGAGGCCAUGACUUGUGGCUUGCCAACAUUUGCCACUUGCCAUGGAGGUACUGCAGAGAUCAUUGAGCACGGUGUGUCAGGUUUCCAUAUCGAUCCUUAUCACCCAGACCAGGCUUCAGCUCUCAUGGUUGAUUUCUUACGACGGUGCAAGGAGGACUCUAGUUGUUGGAAGAAAAUAUCUGAUGCAGGGCUCCAGAGGAUUUAUGAUCGGUAUACGUGGAAGAUCUAUUCUGAAAGGUUGAUGACACUGGCUGGGGUUUAUGGCUUCUGGAAGCAUGUUUCCAAGCUAGAGAGGCGUGAAACGCGACGUUAUGUGGAGAUGCUUUACAUUCUUAAAUUUCGAGAACUGGUGAAGUCGGUUCCGCGGGCGAUUGAUAAUUCAUUAUAAGAUGUAGAUCCUGGAAGAUCUAUAGCCCACGAAGAAGUUAUUCCCAUAGGUGAUCAGGUAUGCUGAAACCAGAGAGUGCAGCUUGAUUAUCAACAACAGAUCACUGCAUGCUUCAAGGGAAAAGAAGGAUGAAGUAUGCUUUGAUUCAUAAAAUCUAAGUUGUAGCAUAGACCAGCCAUUGAAGUGCAAUCUGUAAGUUCCAUACUGCUGAUGUUUGACGCUUAUUUGUACCGUUCUGUUCAUGAUGAGGAGGGUGGUCAUGCUGAAAUGCCUUUACCA